AUUUAUGAAAAAUUUUCUCUAUACUUUACAUUCAAACUUUGUUUAUGUGUAUCCAAGGUAUACAUACAUGUAGAAUACAUACCAUACCAGAACAUACCAUACCCUUUAUUUCAACCGAUCGAAUAGAACAAACUGUUUGUUUACAAGUUUACAUUUGUAUGUUAGUCUCCAUAUAUACAUAUAGAUGUGUAUUAGUAUACGAAUAUAAGUAGCGAGUAAAGUGUCCCCCCUCUUAAAUAUAAUAACCAACCUACUUUUCUUUCUAUCUAUCAGUCCGAGUACAAAAUUUUCAUUCCAAAAAACAAAAACAAAAAAAAAGAAAGAAUUAUCAUAGGUUAAAAAUUAUGAUUAUUGUCAUGACGAUUAUGGAUUGGUGAAUAAAUAAUUUACUUAUACUUACUUAUAUAUUGAAUUGAAUGAAAUCGAACCAAGGAUACAACUUUGUGUAGAUUUUAAAUAUUGAAUAUAUAUACUUACUAUACAAGAUCAUUAAUAAGGAAAUAUUAUAUUAGUUUCGUCCCUUAGAAAAACAAACAACCUCUUCAGAAAUCAUUCAAUGAAAUAUAUACAUUAAUACAUAUCUCUUUUUGAAUAAGAAUAUAAUACUACUACUACUCAUCAUCAUAAUAGAAUGAAUACUACUGAUAUACAGUCGAUGAAAUCAGAAUGGAAAACGGAUUGCACGAUAACUUGUAUUCCACAAGAAUCCAUAAAUAGAAACCAAUCACAAAUUAAUAAUUUAACAAUAACAGAAUUAAGUGGUCCAAGCAUUCAUUCCCAAUUAACAAUUAAACCACUUGAUUCUUAUGAUAAUAAUAAAACCAAUUACAUGAUCAAUUCAACCUCAUCAUCAUCAUCUUCACCAUCAUUAUCAUUUAACAGACCGAAAUCUUUAUCUCCAUCAUUAUCAUUAUCUUAUGAUGAUGCAAAUCGUAUUCUAUUGAAUGAUUUAGAAUAUGGUAAACAAAUCAUUGACAAUAAUAAUAAUAAUAAUACAAAUAAAUUAAAUUUAAUGAUUUCCACUAGUAAUGAUAGUAACAAUCAUUGUGGUCAUGAAGAUGAUGAUCAUGAUCAUGAUGAUAGUGAUCCUAAUGAUGAAGAUCAUGAAAAUGGAGAAGAAACAAAUGGUUAUAAUCCAAUUGAAAUAUCACAUUUAAGUGUUUAUAAACAUUGUGAUAAACAAUGUGAUCCUCCACCUCCUGUACCUCCUCCUCCACCUCCUCCUCAUCCUCACCAUCAACAUCAUCACUCAACUUUCUAUUCACCUAAACAUGAAUCAACAGAUAUGAUGCCAUUAACAAAAAAAUCUAGAAUUAGUUCUUCAAAUGAAUUGAAUUGUAUAAGAUUAGAUAAUGAUUUAAAUCAAUCUAAAUUACAUCAUAUAGAGGAUGAUAAUGAUGAUACAGUUAUAUUGACUACUACAUCUCAUCAAUGUACAUCAUCUAUAACAACUUCAUCUAAAUCAUUAUUUCAUUCUAUAGAAUUUGGCAUAAGCAAUACACCUAUAUCAAAUGAGACGAUUGAUUUACAAUAUAAUUCUGGAUUUCGACCUCGUUUUCAAUAUCCUCAUCAGUAUCAUUCGAAUUAUCAAAGUAAUAAUAACGAUAUUGAACAAAAUCAAUCUUCUUAUCAUAAUGAUACUACAUGUCAAUCAACAUCACCAUUACAUAAUUAUUUUUCUUCAUUUACAUUCAAUCAUUUACCAUAUUAUUAUCAUCUUAAUUCUAAACAUUCUAAUCAAUAUGAUUUAAACAAUGGACAUGAACUAUUGAAUUCUUCAAUAUUGAAUGGGGAUAAUGGUGUUGAUUAUUUACAUAAAUCAAAUAUGAAUACAAGUUCAUCAUCGAAUAAUAGUAAUGAUAAUUAUAGUAAUAAUAUUAAUACUACUAAUAAUAAUGGGUUAAUGACUAUCCACAGGAAUCCAUCACAUAUUACUACGAUGACGACUACUACUACUAAUAACAAUAAUAGUAGUACUAUUACUACACCUACUGGAGAACAAUUCAUAAAUGGUCGACAUAUGAUACCUUCAUUUCAUUCAUCUAUAAUUAAUACAAUGAAUGAAAAUAAUAAUCCUAUAACAUUUCCUUCUGUAAUACCGAAUUUAUCAUUAAAUCAAACUAAUCCAUUAACAAUGUCAUCAUCAUCAGCAUAUACAAGAAAUUUAAAUGAUUGUAGAGAUAAUAUAUCUAAGUUAAGUAAUAUAAAUUGGACAUCAAAUAAUACAUCAUCUCAUCCUUAUAGAGGGCAAAUAGGAUAUUCAAAUGAAUUUGCUAAUACAACAAGACGAAGAAAUGCUACAAAAGAAAGUACAACAACAUUAAAAGCAUGGUUACAAGAACAUAUUAAAAAUCCUUAUCCAACUAAAGGAGAAAAAAUUAUGUUAGCUAUUAUAACUAAAAUGACUUUAACACAAGUAUCUACAUGGUUUGCUAAUGCAAGAAGACGUUUAAAAAAAGAAAAUAAAAUGACAUGGACACCUAAACAUAGAGGUGAAGAACAAAAUGAUGAAGACGAUGAUGAUGAUGCUGAUGAUGAUGAUGAUGACGAUGACGAUAAUGAUGAUGAUAGAGAGGUGAAUGAUGGUGACAAUGACAUGGAUAAUGAUGAAGGACAUCGUAAUGAAGGAUGUAGAAUAACAAAUCAUCAAUCUAUUUAUCACGAUAUUGAUACUGGUAAUGAUGGUGAUGUUGACGAUGAAAUGACUGGAUCUGAGGAAGAUUUAAAUCUUACAAAACUACCAUACAAUCAAUCAAGAAAUCAUGCCACAUUAAAAGAUUCUACAAAUCAUAAUUAUUAUCGAAAUUAUUCAUUAAAUAAAAAUGGGAAAUUAAACAAAUUCAUCAUGAAAUCAGAUUCAUUUAAACCUUCUUAUCAUAAGAAUGGUGAAUUAUAUAUAGAGAAUGAAUUAUUACAUAAAAGAAAACAAGAACUAUUCCAUAACUAUACGUUCAUUCAGCCACCACCGCCACCACCACCAUCGUCAUCUUCAACAUCAACAUCAUCAUCAUUUCCAUCUUCAUCUUCUUCGAAUUCAACAUUUCUUCAUCAUAUUCAACCAUUUGAUUUCUUCUUAAAUGAUCAAUAUGAUAAAAUGAAUUCUACAUUGAAUUCAUUGAAUACAUUCAAUAAACAACAUUAUCAUCAUCAUAGUUUACAAGCAACAACAUCAUCGUCAUCAUCUUCAACAUCAACACAAUUAAAUCAUUCAAUUGUAAAUCAUUUAAAUGAAUAUCAAGAUAAAGCGGAAUCAAAAUUAGUGAAUUCAUCUGAAUGUAAUUUAUCAAAUUGGACAGAUACAAUACCAACAUCAAUAUCAAUCAAUAAAUAUGAUUCAAUACCAUUUGGACAACAAUCUUAUCAAAAUCUCUCAUUUCCAUAUUAUAUGCAAGAAAAUUUACAUGUUUCACCUUAUAUUCAUGGAUUAGAUACAUCCAAUAAAGUAUAUUCAUCAUUUAAUCCAAUAAUAUCAAGUACCAAUCUUCUAAAUUCUAACAAAACAAAUCAUUUAUCAAGUGAUAUCUCAUUAUUAUCACCAUCCACAUUAUCAUCUUCAUCAUCACCGCCAUCAACAUGUUCACCUUUAUCAUCAUUAUCUUUAAUAACGUCAACGACUACAACAGUAACAACUACAACGAAUUCAAUAUAUACAAAUUUUCCUAAUACAAUGCAUUUAUUAACCUCGAAAUCAUUUCCCCUUAGUAACAAUAAUCAUUCACAAUUAAUUAAUCCUAUAAAUACUAUUCAUAAUCAUGAUAGAAUAUCAUUUACCAAUCUAUUUAAUCCUAAAGAUUUAUUAUCAUCUAAAAUGAAUAGUAUUCAUGAUAAUUAUGGAACUAAUAUUGAUUCAAUGAUAGAUAAUAAUAAUUAUCAACAACAAAGAUUGCCAUUUCUAUCAGAAAUCAAUAAUAAUAAUAAUAAUACAACAUCCAUAACAAUACCAUCUACUAUGACAAUAUCAACAAUCAAUUCAUUAUGGUCAUCACAAUUAAAACAAUUAACACGUUUAGAUGAUGGUGGAUUAGAUAACAGUUCAGAUCAAAUAGUAGGCAGUAGUAGUAAUAGUAGUAAUAGCAGUGUUACUCCAUUUCAGCAAUUCAUUAAUUCUUCAUUAUCAAUACCAUUCACUACAACUGAUAAUCAUAACAAUAAUUAUACUACAAUUAAUAAUAGUACUACUACCAUGGAUACUACUAACAUUAUUGAUAAUCAUAUGAGUAAUAUAUCAAAUCGACAAUUUACUCAAGAUGAUCUACAUACAUUAUCAUCUACAUUAUGGUCUAAUGAACGAUUAAAUACUACUUAUAAUACAGAAUUAAAUCAUAAUACAUUUUAUCAACCAAUUUGUAAUUCAAUGUAUACUAUGCCAACAAGAUAAAUAUAUUUCAUAAUAUGAAUAGUCAGUAUAACUUAUUAAUACCUCUAUUGAUAUCUAAUCAUUACUAUUACUAUUACUAAUACUACUGCUACCACCACCAAUACUACUAAUACUACCACGGAUACUACUACCAAUACUACUCCUACUAUUACCACUACCAAUACUACUACUAAUACUACUAAUAAUAGUAAUAAUGAUAAUAAUAGCAAUCGUGAUAUAACCAUAAUACUAUGUAGACAAAACAAAAACAAAACUAUGAUACAUUAAUCAAUAAAUGAUCAACAUUUUUUCUAAAAAAUGACAAUAAUCACUGCACAUUUAAUGGUUCUUCUUUCAAUUCUGUUUUUGGUUUUUUUUUCUUUUUGCUAAACGUAUCUUCAUUUUAUUCCAUUUUUCUUUGUUUGGUUUUAUUGAAUUUGUUUUGUUUUCGUUUUUAAUAAAUUAAAAUAUAAUCAAUAAAUCAAUAAAUCAAUCAAUCAAUCAAUCGAUCAAUCAAUCAAUCAAUCAAUAAAUCGAUCAGUCAAUCAAUAAUUCUUAAAAUUUAUUUAAUUCAUAAAAUGAAUAUUGAUUAUUAUGAUUAAUUUUAUUUCUUGUACAUAAAAUAUUUUAACAAGGAUUAUUAG